AUGAAGGGAAGACACCAAUUCCGCAGGCGAUUCAGCUUGCAACCCUCCUUCCUGAAGGAAGAACCAGAAGAAGAAACACACCAUCCAAAAAAAGUUCUCAGGUCUCAGAAGAGUGACGAUGCGGAAUCGUUGGAGAAAAACGAUUGCGUAGCACCUGCCAACAACGUGAGGCACAAGAUAGUAGUGAUGGGUUCGGCAAAAGUGGGCAAGUCUUCCUUGAUCACCCAAUUCCUCUACGGGACCUUCUGCUCUAAGUACAAACGCACAAUCGAAGAAAUGCAUCACGGAGAUUUCAAUGUUGCAGGGGUCCACUUGAAUUUGGAUAUCCUGGAUACCUCUGGAGCGUACGAGUUUCCAGCGAUGCGCGCCUUAUCGAUAUCGUCCGCGGAUGCCUUCAUCCUCGUGUAUGACGUCACCGAUGCCACUACCUUCGAGGAAGCCAGAGCGCUGAGAGACCAGAUAUACGAGACCAAGUGCUCCACCAAUGUUCCCAUAGUGGUGGUCGGAAACAAGACCGAUCUGGCUGGUGAUCGAGAGAUAGACACAGCGACCACCGAAUCCGUUGUCACCGUCGAUUGGGAGAACGGCUUCGUCGAGGCCUCCGCCAAGGACAACGUCAACGUCACCAAGGUGUUUAAGGAGCUGCUCGCGCAGGCCAAGGUCAAGUACAACCUGAGUCCGGCUCUGCGCCGGCGCCGUCGCCAGUCGCUGCCGCCGCCACAGUCCGCCGCCCCGCAGACUCCCACGCACGCCGCCAUGAUACCGUCGGCCGUGCAGCUGCAGCACCUGCAGCAGAUCCGGGAUAGGCACGGCAAAAGGAACAGCUGCGUCAUCUCGUAA